AGUUACUACGAUGGCCGUGAUGGGGGAACCGGGGAACAUCGAGAUCGGAGCCGAGUCCUUGCCGAACCCCGACGAGGCCGCAUUUGCAGGAAAGUUACGAAUUGGCGGCGGCGUGACUGUGAGAUCAGUCCGCAUAGGCUAGUUUAUACACCUUUAUAAGUCAGCCAGUACACCGAUGUUCUUAGUUUGUUUCUCAGCUGUGUGUCUGCAUGAAAUAAGAAAUUAAACAGCUACACAAUUAGAUUAAUUACUCUCACAAAAUCAACCUCAGUGAAAGUAAACUGACAGCCAUAAAUUUAAUUUGUCGCUAAGUGGUUAGCUAGUUAGCACAACAACGCGCGUUAUUUAAAAAAAUACAGUGCAUAUCGCAGGCAGUUAGUGAUAAAAGUGUUACGCAUUAUAGAAAUAUUUAAAUUUGGUUCAGUUUUACAGGGUUGGUUGUUAUGCAUUAUUAUGAGUAACUGGUGUGAUUAAUUCUGAAUGAAAAUUAAUGUUAUUGAUUCAUAUUUAAUGUCAUACCUCAGAAAUUUGGUUGUAUGUUUUUUGCGAAAUUCACGCAUUAAGAGAACUUGUUAAAAAUAUAUUCCAACAGAUAUGAACACUUACCCAUUACAACAACUCAGUUAUUGUUAAACAUUAAUGUAAAAAAGGAAAGAAUUUAUGGUAGUUCCAUACAUUCUAACUAUUUAUCCUGGUCAGAGUCAUGGGUUUUCCUGAAGUGUAUUCCAAGCAACAAAGGUCACAAAGCAGGGGUACACCCUGAAUAUAAUUUGGCGCUCAUUACUCCUGGGCCUGGGACAGACUUACUUCUACCUCCAUGAUGCACAACACGUCUCAUUUAGAAGUGACAACAGUGACGAUGGGGGAUGUCCAGGGGUCCGGGGACAACGUAUUCACUACAUCUGUCGCCACAGCAGCUUCUCUCUCAGAACACGUCCUUACCGGCAGGACCACCUUACAGAUUGCAGACAGCCUUAAUACCCAGAAGGCCACCCUGAUCGUGGUCCACACUGACGGGAGCAUCGUGGGAGCUACAGGACUGAAGGGGGCAGCCACACCCAUGACCCCUGGUUCCCAGAUGCCCACGACUCCUCUGCCUCCCGGGCACGAAAAGGACGGCUCCAAGUAUAACUGGGACCCCUCGGUGUAUGACAACGAGCUGCCGGUGCGAUGCCGAAACACCAGCGGGAUCCUGUACAAGAACCGGCUGGGCUCAGGUGGGAAAGGGCGAUGCAUCAGGCAUAACAAUAGCUGGUACACACCCACCGAGUUUGAGGGCAUGUCAGGCCGGGCGAGCAGCAAGGACUGGAAGAGGAGCAUCCGCUACGCAGGCCGUCCACUUCAGUGCCUCAUUCAGGAGCGUAUUCUGAACCCGCACGCAGCCUCCUGCACGUGUGCGGCCUGCUGCGAUGACCUUUCCUUGGUGAGUCCAUUUCUGAUGGCCCUGAUACCCCAGUGUGCCAAGGAUGGAGCGUCUUUCAGAGGGGAGAACGUAAAUAUGACCGGCCCUGUGAGGCUGUUUGUUCCCUACAAGAGACGAAAGAAGGAGAGCGACCGGCCUGCUACCCCCGAGAAAAAGGACAUCCAGACUCCAAAGAACAUCACCUUCGCACCUGGUGCCACCAUCACCGUUUCGCCGUCAGGACAAAUCACCACCUCUGGUACGCUGACGUUUGACAGGACCCCGGCAGGUGAUGCUGCCACCAUAAUAUCUGAGAGCCCUGCCCAGGCCGAUGUCUUCACCAGCACAGCAGUCUUGACAUCCCUGCCGGCGCUGGCUGUGGCCCCCCAGCCAGUCCCGGCCAAAGCUCCCUCCCCCGGUCUGCCCGGUGGGCUGGAGACGGGGGAACAGCGCACCUGGCUGUACCUGGAGGAGAUAGCCAACACCCUGCUGAGCAGCGUGCAGCAGCUGAAAGCACUGAUCGACCACGCCAAGCAGGCCAGCCAGGCCGGCCAGGAGGCCCUCGUGACCCAGGACAAGGCAUCUUCCGAAAGGAAGGAGUCUUUCCCAGCUCAGCUAUCCUUCCAGCAUUCAGAUGACCCCGAGGGGAAAACAACAGAGAUCAUCAUAAAGCAAAUGUGCGUCAACUGCGGAAGGGAGGCCAUGAGUGAAUGCACGGGCUGCCGGAAGGUCAACUACUGCUCCACAUUCUGCCAGAGAAAGGACUGGAAGGACCACCAGCUCUGCUGCCAGCCUGCUGCUGCUGUGUCUAUCCAGGGGGAGGACCAGAUGCCCCCAAUGGACAUGGAGAAGGUUAAGGUGUAACGUGUUGUUGAGGCACUUUGGCGCCCAUGGCAACGUGCGACAGCUGACAGGCACGUUGUGAGCCACCUUUCUGAUAAGCACACAGUCCUCGCUCUGUCCUGCUAGGAAAGACUUUGAUGGAAACCCCGCAUCUGGAGAGAAGUUUACAUCAGCCCUGUCAGAUUUUGUUAGGUAUAAAUUUGCUCUCUUUUUGGGUGCAAUGGAGGCAAGAUAAAGUUAAUUGCCAUUUGGGUCGUUAUGCUGGAUGAUUGCCUCUCUUCAUGAAACAGAAGUUCCCAUAUUCGACAAGCUUUGGUUGGGUGCCUGGAACCCAUUUUUGCCGAUCUUGAGGUUUUUCUUUUUAAAGCUUUAUGCAUUUGCUGAUUGUUGACUCUCACCUACUCGACCCUCACGAAAAGGAAGCAGUUUUCUCAUCCACUGCACAUAUCGUAGCAGUACGAUGCUAUGACUCAUAUUCAGACAAAUGUCCCAGACAGGCUGAGCAUGGGCUGAUCAUCUGGAACACACUGCACUAUUGAUCAGAACACAAACAGAUCUGUGCCGUCUGACAAGCAGACAGAGCCAGUACGGGCCUGUUUCUUGGAAUUUACUUUGGAAUUUGGAACAUUAUUUUUUUAAUGUAUUUAUUUAAGUGAAAUAUAUUUUCUACAGUUUAUUUGAGGUAUGGCUCCUUGUGACCAGAAUUGGUUUGUGGCUGUCUUGGGUCUUCUGUGUGUUCUUCUGUUGAUCUUUUUGGAAAAUCUACCAAAGAAGCGUAGUGUUACGCUGAAAACAACGGAAGUAUUCAUUGAAAUUAAAGAAAGCCAUUUGAAACAUU